UACGGCGCUGCUUAGCAACCGAGGGAGGAUGAGGCGGGCGCGACAGAUAGCCUCACAGAUGAGCAGAUAAUAGCCGGAAAUUCGGUACCUGUUGAGACAGACGAUGCCGGUGGCUGUUUCUCUGGGCUGGGAUCGGGGCCGCGCUUUGCACCUGCCUGCCGCUUUUGUUCUGCUUCAGUGUUUUCAGGCCUUGGCUUCCCCGGUGCUUCGGUGACUCUGCCGGCGUAGGAUGGACCCGGUUGUCCUCAGUUACAUGGACAGUUUGCUGAGACAAUCGGAUGUCUUGCUCCUGGACCCCCCCUGCUGGCUGAACGACCACAUCCUCGGGUUCGCCUUCGAGUACUUCGCCACCGAGCAGUUCCGCGACUUCUCCGACCAGGUGUGCUUCAUCGGGCCCGAGGUGGCCCAGUUCAUCAAGUGCGCGACCGGCCAGGAGGAAAUGGGCCUCUUCCUGGAGCCCCUGAAGCUGCCCCAAAAGAAAGUCGUGUUCCUGGCCAUCAACGACAACUCCAACCAGGCCGCCGGGGGCACCCACUGGAGCCUCUUGGUUUACUUCCGGGACCAGAACUGCUUUGCCCACUACGAUUCCCACACGAGGUGCAAUUCCGCUCACGCCAGACAGGUCGCUGGGAAGCUGGAGGCCUUUCUGGGCAAGAGAGGCAGAAUCUCCUUUGUCGAGGAGAAGGCUCCCGCCCAGCAGAACAGCUACGACUGCGGGAUGUACGUCAUCUGCAACACAGAGGCCCUGACGCGGGCUUAUUUCCAGGCCAAGCAAGAGCCGCUGCUGCAGCUCCUGACUCCUUCCUACAUCACGCAGAAGAGGGAAGAAUGGAAGGAUCUCGUUGCGAAGCUCUCCCAGAAGUGACUGGCCUCUGCCCUACCCCAGUGCCUGAAGAAGCCGCUCAAGCAGAGAGAUUGCCUUUGGGUUUUUACGCCGCCUUGCUCUGAGCCAAGUCGUGAGAAGAAAAAGCUCAAGCAGAGAUUGCCUUUGAAUGUUUACCCCGCCUUGUUCCGAGCCGAGCUGUAAGAAGCUUAAAUGUCCUCUCUCAGGCGGACAGUCGUCGCUUGGGCCGUUUUUAAAAAUCCCCUUUGCCAGAAAGGCUCCCCGUAACUUCUCUUUCUCUGUCUGCCUGUGCAAACUGUACCAGCGGAUUCAGCAACGCCAGAGCAUAUCUCUGCUUCGACUUAGCUGAGCAGAUUUUUGGCAGCCCUGAAAUCACGCCCGAGCCUCUGGAAGCCAAAUGAGGCGGCACAACGCUACGCCGCUGCAACGAAGCCUUCUGAAAAAGCAACCGAACGAUUCUGGUUAUUGCUCCCCCCCCGCCCCCAAUUGAGGAAGGAUUGUAGGAAAAUAGACUGCUUGGUUGUACAUAGCGCUUUGGCGACCUUGCAAAACAGCGCUGACCCCCGAAGACGUGACAGAGCAAACUUUGGUCAACGCAGAUCUUGGCAGCUCAAGGAAGGUGGUUUUGUGUAUAAUUGCAGCAGCUUCCAGUUGCUGCUUAUCUCAUCAUCUAUCCAUUCCAGCACCUCUUCAUAGAGACUGUGACGGAACUCACAGGUGGCGGCGGGGGGGGGGGGCACGUCGGUGAGAGAGAAUGGCAGGAAAGAAUGAGAGAGAGAAUGGCAGGGAAUCUGUAGGGGCUGAACACGGGUGCGUUUUGAGUGUGGUUCUUUUUCUGUACAUCACUUUGAACACCUUUGCGCU